AUGAGCACAAGCACAAGUUCGCUGCGCAGCAUCCUGCCACAACUCGAGACGGCUCUCAAGUCUUUUCAGUCAUCUGAUUCCAAGUUUCGCAUUGUCCGAAGUAUCAACCCUUCUGCUUCAAGUUCACCGUCUCCAAAGACUCUGUUCAUCCUCGACUCGUCCUUCAAUCCACCGUCUAAGGCCCACUUGGCUCUUGCCAGAUCUGCCCUACAUUCCUCUUCAACCAAGCAGCAUCAGUCUCCAUUCAGAUUGCUGCUUCUCUUCAGCACUCACAAUGCCGACAAGGCUCCAUCCGCGGCCUCUUUUCCUCAACGUCUGGCUCUCAUGACUAUCUUCGCCGAGGAUCUGUUAAAGGAUCUCCAAAGCACGGCGAAUAACCAAGACUAUGUGCUACCAUCAGUCGAUAUUGGCUUGACCACUGCUCCUUACUAUACCGACAAGAGCUUGGCCAUCUCAAAGGAGGGCGCUGAGCAGUAUCCAGACUCUCCGAGCCAUGUACAUCUACUGGGCUUUGACACUAUCACCCGCUUCUUCGCUGCAAAGUACUAUCCCAACUUCAAUCCGCCACUUUCGGCGCUUAACCCUUACUUUGAUGAGGGACAUCGGUUACGUGUGACUCUGCGCCCUUCAGAUGAGUACGGUACGGUCGAAUCGCAACAGGACUUUGUCAAUUUGCUGGCCAGGGGUGACAUGGAAGCUGACGGAGGCAAACGCGAAUGGGCUUCGCAAAUCGAAGUGGUACAUGCUGAAGAAGGAGUCGGUGUAAGUAGCACGAGGGUAAGAAAGGCAGCUAAGCAACAAGACUGGGACGAAGUCCAUCAGUUGUGCACCGAGGGCGUGGGAAAGGCUGUGAAAGAGAAUACAAUCUAUGAAAGUGAUGAUCGGGGAGCGAAGAUGGCUUGA